AUGAGCCUGCUCAUUACUAUCUUCUUGUUAGUUCUCUUUACUGAGAUUGUGGGGUGGAUUGGGAAACCUCUGCUACUCGGUAUAGUAUCUGCUAUUUAUGCUCGAACAAUCAACGCCGGUGCAACAAGAAGGCUCCAGGACCUCAAAAAGUCGAUAUUGGAAGACCAAAAGCAACUAGCGCAGACGAGCUCCCAGGACGAAUUUGCGAAAUGGGCGAGAUUAAAACGGAAAGUUGAUAAGGGAUUGUCGGAUCUAGAAAAACUGAACUCUGAACAAAAUGUUAAACAAACCGCACUCUCGCUAAAAUCCAACGUUGUCCUUUGGGUCUUGACCAGUGGUCUACAACUUGCUAUCACCUGGUGGUAUCGGAGAGAAGCUGUCUUUUACCUCCCAAGAGGAUGGUUUACCCCUAUUGAAUGGUGGUUGGCACUGCCGUUCGCCCCAAAGGGCUCUGUCAGUUGCGGCGCAUGGCAAAUGGUUUGUCGGAGGUCAAUAAAGCUAUUUGGGAGAGUAUUCGGAGACUUGGUGCAGCUGAGUUCGUAG